UAUCGCUGGUACGCCACUGGAUUCCGGGUCAUCAACGUUGUCAAAUAAUUCCCCUGUACAUUCACAAAAACGGCAGAUAAUGCGUGGCUGCCGCGACGUUAAAAUUUUACAUAUUCGCACCUCAUUGCUUUAUCACUAUUCUUAUCUCUAGAUCUAGUCACGGAGUUAUGUAAGUUGUCCGGGAAGUAAAAUUGUGUAGUGCAAUAGUGAAUAAAAUUUUGAUAAAAAAUGAAUGCAAAAAUCGUGGUAAUUGGUGCAGGUGCUUCCGGAAUCUCAGCUGCUAGUCGCCUGCUGAAGAACAAGUUCACCAAUGUGGUGAUUCUUGAAGCUGAGGAUAGGAUUGGUGGUAGGGUAUUUACUGAACCCUUCGGUAAUAAUGUGGUUGAUUUGGGGGCUCAGUGGUGUCAUGGGGAAAAGAAUAAUGUGGUAUAUGAGAUGGCAUCGCCAAAAAAUCUCUUGGAAGCGGCUCGAUACCAAUACGACCGAACACUCCUGAUCCAAUCCAAUGGUCGUGUGAUUGAUGACAAUACGGCAGAUUUACUUAUGGCUCUGGCCAUUUCUACAGUAGAACUGUACAAGGAUGAAAUAGCCAAGCAGGAUGGAUCCCUGGGAACCUUUAUUGUUAAAAAAUUUAACGAAUGCCUAAAAGAAGAUGACUAUAAAAAUCUAGAUCCUGUUGUAGCUGAACAAUUUCUCGAUUUCUUCCACAAAUACGAAAAUUCUAUUGAAGCUUCCGAUACUUGGUUUGAUACAUCAGCCAGAGGCUACUUGGAAUACUGGGAUUGUGAGGGAGAACGUCUCCUAAAUUGGCGGGAUAAAGGGUACCGAACGGUCUUUAGUCUAAUUACUGAUGGUAUCCCAAUUGAAUCAUUCGUCAAAUUCCGCAAAACUGUUACUAAUAUUUCCUGGAGCCGUGAACAAAUCGAUUCCUCAGUUAUUGUUAAAUGUCAAGAUGGAAGUUCUUACACUGCUGAUCAUGUAAUUGUGACCACUUCAUUGGGAGUCCUUAAAGAAAACUAUCACAAAAUGUUCAGUCCGUCCCUUCCGCCUGUUAAACGUAAUGCCAUCGAAGGAAUGAGUAUUGGGACUGUUGAUAAGAUAUUUAUAGAAUUUGAUAAGCCCUUCUGGACUAAGGAUUGGUUGGGAUUUGCUCUGCUGUGGCACAAAACUGACCUGGAAGAAUUGAGAAAGUCCGAGAUGAUGGAUUGGUUGGAAGACAUUUUUGGAUUCUACGUAGUUGACUACCAGCCCAAUGUCCUCUGUGGAUGGAUUUCGGGAGUUAAAGCCAGGAAAAUGGAACGGGAUACUGAUGAGAAUGUCAAGCGUGGAGUAAUGUAUCUCCUGAAUAAAUUCCUCAAGAAGAAUAUCCCCGAACCAGUUGCAGUUCGAAGAUCCCAAUGGUACAGUAAUCCCAACUUUAGGGGCUCCUACAGUUUCCGCUCCAUCACAACUGACCUGCUCAAUACUUCUCCGGACGACCUGGCUAAACCCCUAACUAAUUCCUUAGGAACUCCGGUAGUUUGCUUUGCUGGUGAAGCCACGCACCCUCAUUACUACUCCACCGUUCACGGUGCCAUUGAAUCCGGAUGGCGAGAAGCUCAAAGAUUAAUCGAUUUAUACAAAAAGAUCUCGGAAAAGAGUGAAAGUGAAGAUGAUGUCAUUGUGUUGGGUGCAGGAUUGGCUGGAAUUGGUGCUACAUUAACGCUACAAAAGGCAGGAUUUCGUACGAGUUUGAUUGAGGCUAAAAAUCAACCAGGUGGUCGAAUAAGGACAGUCCCCAUGGAAUCCCUGUGUCUCGAUAAUUGUGCUAAUCCUAAUGAUAAAGUCAUAAUAGAGGCAGGUGCUCAAUGGCUUCAUGGUAAGCAAAACCAGCUCUACAUGGAGGCAUUGGAAAUUGAUGUCCUAUCUCAUGAACUUAGUGAUGAAGGCCUAGGUUCUUACACAAAAGAUGAUGGAAGAAUUUUGGACGAUUUUUUUGUGAAAAUGAUAGACUUUAAAAUCGGGGAAAUCCUUGAGGAAUGCGAAACUUUCUACUUUGCAGAGAAUCUCGAAGAAUUCAGAAAUUUAUCUGUUGAAGAAUUUUUGAGAGAAAAAUUCGAAAAAUCUGUUAUGCCAUCCAUUGAACCGGACAAAAAGGAAGAUGCUAGACUUCUCCUGGAAUGGCACAUUCGGUUUCAAGUUAUUGACAAUGCUUGCCUAAAAUUGAGUGAAGUAUCAGCCAGAGAUUGGGGUCAAUACUCCUUCAAUGGUGAAAACUGCCAAACCCAUAUCAACUUCAAAAAUGGCUUUGGUAAACUUAUAAAUUCUUUAGUGUCGAGAAUUCCGUCCAAUUCCAUGGAAUUUAACUGUGAAGUUAUCAAAAUAGACUACGGAGGAGAUUUAGAAGAUGGAAUGUACAAAGUGCGGAUCGAAACUGCUGAUGGUAGAGUUUUUAAGGCUCGACAUUGUAUCAUAACUUUCUCUUUGGGUGUCCUAAAGGCUUCCAUGAAAACUCUCUUUGAACCUCAACUGCCUGGUCCACUUCAAAGCUUAAUUGAGGCCUACGGAUUCGGAACAAUCAACAAAAUUUAUCUCAAAUACGAAAAUCCAUGGUGGGAUAACGAUUGGGAAGGAGUGCAAUUUAUCUACAAUGAUGAAAUGAAGACUGACCACUGGACAAGGGACAUGACUGGUUUUGAUUUACUAAAACCCGGAGCUCCAAAUACACUAAUCGGUUGGAUUGGCGGUGAAGGUGCUAUCAAAAUGGAGUGCCUUCCUGAUGCCAGUGUCAUUGAGGAAUGCACAAAUCUCCUGAGGAAAUUCACUGGGAAAAACGUACCUUAUCCUAGUAGCUUCUUCAUCACUCGCUGGAAUCAUGAUCCCUUCAUCCGUGGUGCCUACAGCUUCACAAGUGUCUCCAAAUGUCUUCUCCGGGACAAUUGUUCCCUCACUGAACCCCUUCCAUUUCUCAAACUGCCAACCCAUCCUGCCCUCCUUUUUGCCGGAGAAGCCUGCCAUGCCAAGUACUUCUCCACAGCUCAUGGUGCUUUUGCAUCAGGAUGCGAACAGGCUGCUAAACUUGUUAAUUUCUACGCCAACAAAUUCAACUGAAAUCAGGGAUUGCUUUUCUUCCAAAAAUUCAAAAUAAAAAUCUUUUUUUUUUUGUAUCAAUUCACCAGAAAUUUAUUGAAAACUUUUCUCUUUCUCUCUCAUAAUAGCAAUUUUUUGUGAAAUUCUUAUUAAUUUAAAAAAAAAUCAUUAGAAAAGACACAAUUUCUCAAAAAUUUUAAUGAAAAAAAAAACCUAAAUAUUUAGUGUUAAGUGGCUAUAAGCAUUUAUAAUCGCUGAAAAUCUUCCCAGAAAACUCUGCUGAUUUUUUUUUCUUACCAUGUCCUUCCCAUCAUCAAAUUGAUAGGAUGUCAGGGAUUUAAGGACAAACGCAUGAGAGCUUCUGUUAAUGGGAAAUCUAGCCAAUGUUACUUAAUAAAUUAUUUAAAAAUAAAUGUAUUACUGUUUCAUUAUA